CUCAAACUCCCAAAGCGGCUGGAGCUGCUGAUCGACAAGAGGGAGGGGGCCACAACGUCGUGGAACCAAAGCAAAGCGGCGACCACGAUAUUUGCAGCCGUCCCUCUAAAAGUAGUCCGAAGAGCAGCGAAGCGACGUCGUCCCAACAACAGCGAAGAUCGAAGCGACAGCGGAAGAAAAAGCGGGAUGGCAUGGGCGGAAAACACAACUUUAGAGACUUGUGCAGCACCACGCCAAAUAAGACGGAGCAUCCGGAGCCGGAGUUUCUCGUUCCACCAAGCGCUUCUCAUCUUCAGCUGGGGUUUCUGAAAGAAACCACAACUGGGCUAGUCCCGUCGCAUCAAGCCGACGGCGCGUCCUUUGGAAUACAAGUUGCAGCAAAACGAGGAGAUGAUGCGAAACCGUUAAAAAAUGGAUCGGAAGAUGCAGAUCCGUGCGUGCACCCUUCCCUCGGUCUCGGACUGGAAUUUUCAGACAUUGGGAUAAAAGCAUCGACCUGUUUCUUCGCGAAGCCUGGUCAGUCAGACUCGGUACAAGAAAAACACGGUGACAGCAUUGCCGAGGUGAUUUCUCGCCAGAAAUGCGCAAGUGUGGAGGUGGACGAGGGCGAUUCAGAUCCGGCUGUAAUCGCGAUGUCCAAGUCGAGGACGCAUGAAACUACUACUGAGACGCAGAGUUCAUCUACGCGAAACGCGUCUGAAGAUACAACAACCUGCAAUUCCGCUUUGGCAGCUCCUCGUCUGCUGGAGUCGAACACAAGUGGUCCGGAGCAGCAGUCCGCGCCUGGAGAUGCUACUAAAGAAGGUGAAACGACACAGGUUAAAGAACUACAUGAAACGUCGCUCAGCGCGUUCUUGGAGGAGCUGCCACCCCGAACUCGCUCCACUUCCCAGCAUUUGUCGAAGAAGCCAGCGGUCACGCAGCAGAACAAAUUGGCUGUGGAAAUGAAACAAAAAAAGUCCGCACCGCGUUCCACGCUCGCAGCCCGUUCCGCGUUCCAAGUGAACAACGUGAAGGAAACGACAGUGAAGAGGACCGCGAAGCCGGAGCACCGGCGGAGGGUCGGGGAGGUCCGCGCGCGAGAAACUACACACAAGAACGCUUUAUCAGAUUCCGCCAAGGAUCAACAUGACGGCGAGGACGGUCGCAAGAGCAACACCGCGGCGGCGGUUACGAAUCUGGGUGUUGGUGCUGACGGCAUCAUGGGCAAUGGGUGUAUCAACGUGCUGCACUUUGAGCAACAUUCGAAGGGACAGUCCCAACCCGCCACGCCGACCAGAAUAAAGUCCGGCGCAAAUAAACAAGAGUCCGUCUUGGUGGACGUGAGCUUGGAUCCGGACGGCCUUGGAAAGAUAAACUUCACCGCUGGGGCUAGCACGAGGACAAGCCGGCGAGCGCGACGAAGGAGGAGAGACAGGCUCUCCUUGGUCAAAGAGGUACUUAAUGCACAUGCUGUUGCUGGUUCAUAAUGAGUAGAAGUAUCUAGGAUGUCUUGCCUUUCGCGCUUUUUCGGAAAAGAGCCCCAAGCUUAUUUUUUGAAAAGCACUUUUUUGAGUCAUGACCUAAAUCUGCGCUUGUAUUUCAAUUUUUUUUCAAUUUUUGGCAGCCCGGGGUCGCCACUUCCGAGCUCCGUCUUGGGUCAUCUUGUGGGGAUGAGGACUAGCUAAUCCGCAUGACAAACUGGCUCUUUUCCGAGAAUUUCCUUUCUAGGAUGUCUUGUCUUUCGCUCUUUUUUCGGAAAAGAAACCAAAGCAGAUUUUUUGAAAAGCACAUUUUUGAGUCACGACCUAAAUCUGCGCUUUUAUUUCAAUUUUUUCUUAAUUUUUGGCAGCCCGGGGUCGCCACUUCUGAGCUCCGUCUUGGGUCAUCUUGUGGGGAUGAGGACUAGGUAAUCCGCAUGACAAACUGGUUCUGUUCCGAGAAUUUCCUUUCUAGGAUGUCCUGUCUUUCGCUUUUUUUCGGAAAAGAAACCAACGGAGAUUUUUCGAAAAGCAGUUUUUUGAAUCACAACCUAAAUCUGCGCUUUCGUUUCAAUUUUUGUCCAAUUUUUCACAGCCCGGGGUCGGCAUUUCCGAGCUCUGUCUUGGUUCAUCUUGUGGGGAUGAAGACUAGCUAAUCCGCAUCACAAAUUGGCUCUCCUCAGAGAAUUUCCUAAGUGAUUGCGAAUUAUGUGAAGACGACAACAUCGACUUUUAUCUUUUUGGUCCGUCGUCUCGAUCUCGACUUUUUCUACUCCGAUUGAGAAGUACGACGAGUUCCGAUGAACAUUAAACCGAAACUGCAAAUAAACAGGUCUCGUCCCCGCACAAUUCAUCGCAGAAGGGCCACGCAGGAGAACAACAACAAUCCCCCAAGCCUUCUGGUCCGGCGUUGCGAAGUGCUGACGGGAACAAGCAAAAAACCGACCUGGAGUUUGUAUCCGGCGGCGUGACGGUUACGGGCUGUGCAGGAGCAAGUGCUGCGAUCUUCCACGGCGACCCGUCGAAGAGUGCGCUGUUGAUGUUGUCCCGUUGCGACGAGGGGCACCACUCCUCAUCCGAG